CCUAGCAGUGGUACCAUGGUAACGUUUUCACAGUUCUUGUUCAUUACUGUUGAAGGAUUUUUGAGGACUACGAAGAUGGGAACUGUCCGUAAUGUCAUUCCCAUUAGGUCAUCAUAUAUAGUGAUGGUAACGUUGUUUUUCAUGACGAGUGUCGUCAACAACUAUGCAUUCGCUUUCAAGAUAUCCAUGCCUCUGCAUCUUAUUUUUAGAUCGGGUUCAUUGAUGGCUAAUCUGGUUCUUGGAAUUAUUCUUCUUAAGAAAAGGUAUCACAUGAGCAAGUAUGUAUCAGUGGCGAUGAUAACAGCCGGCAUAAUAGUGGCUACAUUGGCUUCUGUUGCAGACACGAAAUCAACAACAGAUAAUCACGAUGAUGAUAUGGUUAACUUUAUGCAUUGGAUUUUUGGCAUUGUGACCUUGACCGUCGCCCUCUUCAUGUCGGCCUUGAUGGGUCUCUACCAGGAAAAUGUCUACCGGAGUUAUGGGAAGCACCCAGAUGAGGCCCUCUUCUAUAAUCAUGCCCUCCCUUUGCCGUUCUUCUUGCUAUUUUACAAGGACUUGUAUCAACACGUGCUCAUCUUUAAUAACUCCGAUAUACAGAAUUAUUUCAUCCCUGAAAUACUUCCCAUUCCAAUUCACUGGCUCUACAUAAUGGGCAAUAUGAUCACGCAAUACCUCUGUAUAAAGUCAGUCUUCAUCCUUACCGCGGAGUGUCCCUCCCUGACGGUCACUCUGGUCGUCACCCUCCGCAAGUUCAUCUCCCUCCUCUUCUCCAUCAUCUACUUCGGCAACCGAUUCACGGCACAUCACUGGUUAGGUACAUCCCUAGUUUUUGCCGGAACUCUGCUGUUUACUGAAGUUUUCGGCAACAUUUACCAGUAUACCUUGAAGAAAAGAGAUGUUGUUUCAAGGAGAGAGAGUGAGCAGGAAAAGAGAGGAGGAGUGAGGACGAUGAAAGGAAGGAAAAUGAAGGACAGUGAUGAUGAUGAAUGUGAGGGUGACGAUGUUAAGAGGGGUAGAAAGGGUCUAGAUGGAAUCAAAAAGGGUCAUAGCGUUAAUGGGCCGUCCUGAAUGGCCCAACAUUGAAUAGGAAAUAUAUUUAUUUGGGAGUGUAUCUGUGUGUGUGCGUGCGUUGCUUUCGUUCAUUUUUGAAUAUUUAGUUAAUGAUUUUACCGAUUUUAUAGCGGUAAAUUUUAUUUAAUUCAUCCGUAUUAUUUAUUGCAUUAUUUUUCAAGCGUAAAAUCUGCCAGUGAACACUAUUCAGUCAUAUUGUAAUGUAAGUCGGUCGCCAUACCACCGAUUUUGUUUCUUUUUUUAGUUUAUUCAUUGAUUGAUUCAUUGAUUCAUUCAUCCACAUUAACUUAUUCAAUAUUUGUUCAUUUAUAUGCUACUGGCGUUCAUUCACUCAUUAAUUCAUUAACUCAUUCAUUAAUCACCGUCAAUAUCCAUUUAUUCACUCAUUCAUUUUUUAUUCAUUUGUUUAUCAUUUUUUCGUUCUUCCAUUCAAUUACAUUUGGGAUAUAAACAAAAAACAAGUAAAUUAGAUUUCAU